CCCGGAAGCGGAAGUGUUGGCGCCUGUGGUGAAGGCUUCCUGGUGCCGGCGUCUUGAAGUCGGUUUCUCCUUUAAAAAAAAAAUCGCCCAAAACCUAUUUUGUUGCCGGAGUUGCGUCAGCGGGAGGCCGCAUGCAGGCCGAGGGCGGCCGGGGCCUGGGUCUAGGCCUAGGCUUGGGCCUGGGCGAGCAGCCGCUGGAGGAGUGUCUCCGGCGGGACCUGCGGGCCGCCGACCUCAAGUGCAGCCUCUUCAUGUCGGCGCUGCAGAGUUACCGGCGCGACUCGGUGCUGCGGCCCUUCCCCAACGCCUACAUCAGCGGCGACAACAAGGACUUCGACGCCUUGCUUGCUGAUGCUCGGAAUCUGCCAAAUUUAAAACAGCUGCUACAGUCUGGGACAGUCCCACAAAAGCGAACCUUGGAACUUUUAAGCUGGUUCUGUUUAUCAAAAAACUUAACCAUCAAAAGUUUGGGAAAAGAAGGGUAUGAAGAAAUCCAGGAACACAUUGGGUUUACAACGCCCUCUGCUGCUACCCCCGACUUCCUAUUUGAGAUAGUUUAUUGUGACCAGAUGAAUGCCAAGUUUGACGAAACCAAAGGAGACAGAGAUCUCAUCUAUGCAUUUCAUGGCAGUCGGCUGGAGAACUUUUAUUCUAUAAUUCACUGUGGUUUACAGUGUCACCUAAAUAAGACUUCGCUCUUUGGGGAAGGAACCUACCUUACCAGUGACCUGAGUUUGGCUCUUCUGUACAGUCCUCAUGGAAACGGUUGGGAUCAGAGCAUUCUUGGUCCUGUCCUUAGCUGCGUUGCAGUUUGUGAGAUUAUUGAUCAUCCAGAUGUUAAAUGUCAAGUUAAAGAAAAAGAUACUGGUGGCAUCGAUCGGCGAAGAGCAAGGGUGAAAAACAGCGAAGGUGGGAAUGUCCCACCAAAGUACUUUGUGGUCACAAACAACCAGCUCCUAAGGGUUAAAUAUUUGCUCAUUUAUGCUGAGAAACUCCACCGGAGAAGGCCCACGAGACAGCCAUCCUGGAUCUCCCAACACAGUUUUUUAGUGAUGAUGAUGAUGUAUUUGUUACUCCUAAUAGUUAUCGGUGCCCGGAACUCACCAGCUUUCCAGUAUUACUGGAAUCGAUUUCUCGACACAAAGUGAUGAGUUUGCUGCUGCUGUAUCUAUAGCUGUCCAAAACAAUGACACGCACUACAAUUCCUACCUGAUGCCUUAGUUUUCACUGCUACAGAAAGGCACUUGUGGACCAAUAAUAAUUUAAUUUACAGAACCUACGGUGCCAAGAAUGUAUUCCAGGUUUUGAGAUUCCAAUAUCAUUCCAUCGCAGCUCUUUAAUAGUUCUAUAUAAUUCAGAAUAAAAUAGGUCUUUUGUAUUACUCAAGGGUGAAUAGUGACUGUGCUGGAGAACGUAUCUGUUCUUGUUUCCAGUUUUGCAACAGGCUCCCAACCCUGUUCUCAGCUUGGUGCAGGCAUAGAUUCAUGUGCCUUUUGCAUUAGUCCAACUAGUUGGCUCUUGCCUAACCUGUAAGAAGUGAAAUCUGUACUUCAGCUCGCUGACUGGCUCUCCAAUGCAUUGGCUGCAGCUGAAACCCCUGCACUGUUUUCAAAAUCUAACCGUGACAGCCAUGAGAGAGGAAGAGUCAUCGGGUCCCUGAAGUGAGCUGGAAACAAGAUCAGGUAUUAGAAAAACAUCAAUUAUUCUUAUACUGUUACGUCAAUCCGUUUUCUUGAUUGAUCUCAAUGUGUUAAGGAACCAAUUUUAUAUCUUCUUUAUAACAUGUCAAAUAUUUGGCAUUCAAACUGCUUUGCUGUUUGUAUUCCUUGAGUUAAUAUUCCCCCAAAAUUUCAUAAAAUCCUUAGACAAUGAAAGUAUAUGACAGUGAAUAAUGUUAUACCAUAUUAUUCACCAUUUUCUAUGCACGGCUGUGAACAAGCUGCAAAACAGGAACAUUCUUGUAUAACCUGUAGCCUGAAUAAAGUGUAAGAAAGGGUUAUUAUUUCCAGUAUGUCUUAGCCUUGGGGUUCAAUAAAAUACAGAUAUAGAAGGCAUUGUUUAGGCUUUGGUAAAUAUCCUUUAUUUGGGUUAUUGAUGUGUAUUCAAUCAAACAAUAUCUGCAGUGUUUAGCCUUCAAAGUUACGAAGCUUUCCAACAAUCCAAAUUUGAUUCCUGUAAGAAAUAUUUAUAUAAUAUAUACUACAUAUUAUGCAUGUAUUCAGCUGAAAGUUAGAUUUUUUUUUUUAAAGGUUAUUUGUACUUGGAAAUAGUCAAGUAUUUCUGACCUGUAUUAUUUUGCUAAAAUAUAAUUUUAGAUUCUGAUCUAUUUUACCAUGCAAGACACUAUUUGAUUUACUUGGCAGAGUCAAUCCUUUUGUCACAAUGUCCCAAUGUUGCUUAAUCUAAUAAACCAAAGUACAUUUUUAAAGUAA